AGAAAGAAGACAGCUAUUCUGGUCAUGGACUCUCCAAAAAUCCUCGUGUUCCUCUUCCUGUCGUUUGCUGUGACCUUGACCUUUACGUCAUCACAGCCGACAAACACACAAGCAGACGAUGCCACAAACGACGAUGAUGACGUGCCCACUAUCUACGUCCUCGGUGAUGAUGAAAACGACGAUGUCGAACGGGCUCUCAACUCUGUCGUUCGGCUUCAGCGAGCUAAGCGCAGCGACUUGAGAAAACGUAGCUGGUGGCACAAGCAUGAAGACGAGAUCAUCAAAGGAGCGACAGCUGCGGCGACUACAGCUUUGCUCGGCAAGAGAGACGAGACCAAACAAACGACCCGUGACGAAAUGGCAAAACGUAGCUGGUGGACCAAACAUCGCGACUCCGUCAUCGACGGCGUAGUCAGUGGGGCUGGCGCAGCUUUGCUGGGCAAGAGAGACCAGAAAGCCGACUCUGAGGUUCAAGCCACAGACCCUAUUGUGGUUCUUCUAACAGAGUAAAAGCCACAGUUCCGACCGACUGACUUUGUCAACUGUAGGGACAUUACCUUGUGGACUUUGGUGUUGAUCGCUACGUCGAAAAUGAAUUGAAGGCAAUAAAGACUGAGAAAUAACCAGA